AGCAUUAAAAACAUAUACAUGAGUUACUUAAAAUUAAUCACUAGCAUAAUCACUGUGAUUUUUAUUUAAGCCGCAACUCAAUCAGCCGUCCCGCUCUCACUCUCACUCUCAGUCGCUCUGUCUAACGCGUGUGUGUAUAAAACUGAUUGUUAGCCCAACUAUAUACGAUCUGCUAAAAGAUUUAUUGCCGACGCAACCCACGCGCGACCUACAAGCAAAUAGCAAAUGUUUAAACAAAUGCAAGUUCAUUUUACAUAAAACAAAAAACUUACAACUUACAGCAGUGCAAACUGCAGCUGUCAAUUUGACAGCAACUAGCAAGUGGAUUAAUUUCAAUUUCUUUGCAUCAAUUCGAGCAUCGCAACGCGCUCUUGGGCAGCGACGCGAGCUCACAGUUACGGCUGCAAUUUGGAUCUGCUUUCGCCACAGUUGGAAGAUACCGGCCUCAAGACGACGACAUUCUUGCAACACUUUAAGGACGUCGUUACGACGAAGUUCAACGGCAGAGACCAUCAUUUGCCACCGCUGCAUCCGGCGCAUCCGGCGCACCAGCAGUCCGCGCUGCAUCAUCAUCAGCCGCACCAGGCUGUGGCCCAGAGCUUCUCCACCAUUUUUCCAACGUAUCUAGGCAUGGACCGCGCCGCCGCCGGCGGCUGUGGUGUUGUGACCAGUUCGGCCACAACACUCGGUCCGGGCGGCGGCAUUGCAGGCGGCGGCGGUGUCGUUAGCGGUGCCUUGAACGGCUUGGAGGCCAUGUCAGCCGAGUCGACGGGCUUGUGUCUGCAGGAUUUGGUGAGCGCUGGCACAGCCAAUGGCGCUGGCUCUGCGGGCUCAGCUGAAAGCGCCACUACAACAAGCACAGCGCUGAGCAGCGGCAGCUCCACUGUUAAUGGUGGCGGCAGCAGUGCAUCGGGCACGGAUCAUCUGCACAGUCAUCACAGUCUGCAUGACUCCAGCUCCUCGGUUAGCAUCUCACCCGCCAUCUCGAGCCUGAUGCCCAUCAGCAGUCUCAGUCAUUUGCAUGCGGGCCAGGAUCUGGUCGGCAGCUACUCACAGCAUCCGCAUCAUGCUGUGGUGCCGCCGCAUACACCAAAGCACGAGCCGCUCGAGAAACUCAGAAUUUGGGCCGAAACUGGUGAUUUUCGUGAUAGUCAUAGCUCCAUGACCGCCGUAGCAAACAGUUUGGAUAGCACGCAUCUGAAUAACUUUCAAACAUCAGCAACAUCCAGCAUAACUAGUCGGAGUCGGGAUCGCAAAGAUGGCAAUCGCAGCGUCAACGAGACCACAAUCAAAACAGAGAACAUAUCAAAUUCCGGGCAUGACGAGCCGAUGACCACCAGCGCCGAUGAGCCCAAGAACGACAAGAAGAACAAGCGACAGCGCCGACAGCGCACACACUUCACCUCACAGCAGCUGCAGGAGCUGGAGCAUACGUUCAGUCGCAAUCGCUAUCCGGACAUGUCGACGCGCGAGGAGAUCGCCAUGUGGACCAAUCUCACCGAGGCCAGAGUGCGGGUUUGGUUCAAGAAUCGGCGCGCCAAGUGGCGCAAGCGUGAGCGCAAUGCAAUGAAUGCAGCUGUGGCAGCUGCGGACUUUAAGUCUGGCUUUGGCACACAGUUCAUGCAACCGUUUGCGGAUGACUCGCUGUACACAUCGUAUCCUUACAACAACUGGACCAAGGUGCCCUCGCCGCUGGGCACCAAGCCCUUUCCCUGGCCAGUGAAUCCACUGGGUUCGAUGGUCACCAGCAAUCAUCAUCAGAACUCGGUGAACUGCUUCAAUACGGGCAGCAGCGGCGUCGCAGUGAGCAACUCCAUGCUGCCGGGCUCCAUGGGCUCGACGCUGACCAACACGAAUGUGGGCAUGGGCGUGGGCGCCACGCCUUGUCCGUAUACAACGCCCGCCAAUCCGUAUAUGUAUCGCGCUGCCGCCGAGCCCUGCAUGAGCAGCAGCAUGUCCUCGUCGAUUGCCACACUGCGUCUGAAGGCGAAGCAACAUGCCACCGGCUUUAGCAGCCCCUACUCGGCGCCCUCGCCAGUGUCGCGCUCCAACUCCGCCGGACUGUCCGCCUGCCAGUACGGCGUGACUGAUGUUGUCUGAGAAAACGCACUCGGUGCUUUGCUCAAUCAGCAUCAGCACCACUUGCAGCACUUCUCCAAUCAGCACAACGGCAACGCCAUGCAGCAGCAGCUGAGCCACCUUAACCAACAUCACAAUAGCAGCGGCGGCAGCAGCAGCAGCAACAUGCAUGGCCUACACCACAGCAGCAACAACAACAACAACAACAAUCUGCUGCUUGAGCAUAGCGACUUGGGCUUGGGAUCAGCUGGCAAUGAUGACAACAACGCAUCGGUUACACAUAAUGAGGACAACAAGUCUCCAAUGGAUGCCAAUGGAUUAAUGUCGUCGUCUGCUGCUGCUGGCAGCAAUGACAACGGCACGGAUGCAGAGGAGGAGAUCAUUGAUUGAGCGUUUGCUUACUUACCAAUUGCAUAUGCAUAAUAUUUAAAUUCGAUAUGGAAAUAAUAAGUAAACUAUAGCAAUUUGUUAAUUGUACAAUUAACGCAAGCAGACAAAAAACUUAGCACUAAGCGCAAAUAAUUAAAUUCAAAAACUGAAAAAAAAAACAUAAAACCCACUUUUUUGAAGAACAAUAAUUACAUUAAUAAAACAAAAAUUUAAUAAAUAAAUGAAUGGAAUGCAAAGUAAGCGAACUUUGUUGUGUGCAGUUUUAAUUAGUUGGCAUUACAGUCACGAAAAUUAAUUACAAAUUGAUUAAAAUUAUGUUUUUCUGUAUGCACGCGUUCAUUUAAAUAAAUGUAUAAUUUUAAGUGUUUUCUGUAAAUAUUAUCAAGGCAAAUAUUUAGUCUAUAAACAGCAAGCUGUACUUGUAAGAAGUUUGAUCCUAAAUCUAGCGUUAUAACAAAAUAGUAAGCAUGUAAACCAAAUUAUAUAAAUAAAACUACUUAAAGCAACAACCAAAAAAACAAAAAAAAAAACAAUUUAAUUAAAUAAAGUCAAACAGAACUCCGCCUAUAACUUUUACAAUCUUUUCAGUUCUCUGUGCC